AUGGGUGACGAAGACGUGCUGUUCGACGAUGUUUAUGAAUUGAAUGAAAUAAUUGGAAAAGGUCCAUUUAGCGUUGUUCGGCGAUGUGUUCAUCGUGAAAGCGGACAGUCUUACGCUGUCAAAAUUAUUGACAUAAUCAAGUUCACCGGAAGUCCUGGCCUGUCCACUGCAGAUUUAAAGCGGGAGGCAAGUAUUUGUCAUCUGCUGAAGCAUCCACACAUAGUUGAGCUUGUCGAAACCUACAGCAGUGAUGGCAUGCUAUACAUGGUUUUCGAAUAUUAUAUCAUCAUGGAAGGUGCGGACCUCUGUCUGGAAAUAGUAAAGCGCGCAACGGCUGGCUUUGUUUACAGUGAGGCUGUAGCAAGCCACUACAUGCGCCAGAUCUUGGAAGCUGUUAGGUACUGCCACGAAAACAAUAUUAUCCACCGUGAUCUGAAGCCUCACUGCAUCGUCCUGGCUAGUAGACAAAACUCCGCGCCCGCCAAACUCGGUGGAUUCGGCAUCGCUGCCCAACUUAAUCCGGACACUGGACUCAUCCCAGGUGGAAGAAUUGGUACUCCACAUUAUAUGUGUCCAGAAAUGGUACGACACGAAGCCUACGGGAAACCCGUGGACGCAUGGAGCUGUGGCGUAUUUCUGUUUGUCCUCUUGAGCGGAUCUCUGCCUUUUUACGGAACCCGGGAUGCACUGUAUACGCAGAUUCUUACCGGGCAGUACCGGAUGAAUCCCGAUAUCUGGAAUUCUAUUUCCACGGAAGCAAAGGACCUCACUAUGCGGCUUUUAGAAGUAAACCCUCUUCGACGACUUACAAUAGAAGAAGCACUCCGUCAUCCUUGGAUUUGCCAAAAAGCCAGAGCUCCCAAAGUUCACUUGCAUGACACUGUGGAAGAAAUGAAAUUUUUCAAUUCCCGCCGACGACUCAAGGGAGCUAUUCUCGCAGCUGUCUCGAGCACAAAGUGGGCAAGUUUCUAUUCGGAUGUCAAUGGAGCACCCACUGACGAAUUUAUCGAAGAGGACGAUGAAGUUACCUCUGCAGUAAGUGACAGAAUGCUUGUAAUUUUAGCUGUCAGCGUGGUUCUUGAUAGCCUUGAAGAAAUGCAGUGCUUGACCGAAAGUGGAUUGGAGGCCGCAGAACUCAAAGAGUUGGCUUUUCAAGAUUCACAGCUUUGCUGCCUACUUGAGUUGUACGAUCACAUAAAUAGUAAUCCCCUCUCACCAAAUUCAGUCCUACCAGACAAUGCAACUAUUAAGUCCAGAGACGUUCUCGAAGAACUACAUGCCAACGUAUCUGCGGAGUACCAGGCUGAUGUCGACGAAUUGCGAUUUAUUUUAACAUCCGCUCAUCUUAAGGCACUACUACGGACGCACGACGUUGUGGCGCAUGAUGUGUACGGCGAGAAUGCUGUCCGUGUCACUCCACCGCCCACAUUCUCCGCAAAUGGUGAUGACGACGAUGAGGCUGAACCCGAAAACGGACAUAAUGUCACUCGCGUGCGACUAGUUCAAUUUCAGAAAACAACAGACGAACCAAUGGGAAUUACGCUCAAGCUAACCGAAGACGAAAAAUGUGUUGUGGCUCGAAUCAUGCACGGAGGAAUGGUACAUCGACAAGGCACGUUGCAUGUUGGGGAUGAACUGCGUGAAAUAAAUUCGGAGCCAGUUUUUGGUAGAUCGGUCGAGUAUCUUCAACGACGUCUGCGUGAAGCUAGAGGAAGCGUGACCUUGAAAAUCGUUCCCAGUUGCCGUAACAACCCGAUGCAGUGUGAGAUCUAUGUUCGAGCAAUGUUCGCGUACUAUCCAGAGAAUGAUGACCUUAUUCCCUGUGCGCAAGCAGGCAUCGAAUUCGAGGUGGGCGAUAUUUUACAAAUUAUCAGCAAAGACGACCAUAACUGGUGGCAGGCCAGAGUUUGGGGUUCAGAUCCUCAGAGCCCUGCUGGUCUCAUUCCGAGCCCUGAAUUACAAGACUGGCGUGCCGCAAAUCGUGCCGUGGAACACACACAUGGAUCCAUGGUGAACUGUGGUUCUUGGUUUAGCAGAAAGAAGCGAGGGUCCAAGGAUAAGUAUCGUGCAAAGCAGUCUGCCCUUUUCGAUCAGCUUGAGCUCUAUACCUACGAGGAGGUCGUCCGACUCCCCACCUUCCGUCGACGCACGCUUGUUCUGCUUGGGGCCCAUGGCGUUGGUCGUCGACACAUUAAGAAUAGUCUUAUCCAAUCAGCUCCAGAGCGUUUUGCUUAUCCCAUCCCACACACUACUCGACCCCAAAGGAAGGAUGAUGUGAACGGAAAAAAUUACAAUUUUGUUUCUCAAGAGGAAAUGAUGCGCGAUAUUGCCAAUAAUGAAUACUUGGAAUAUGGCACACAUGAACAAGCUAUGUACGGUACCAAGCUGGAUACCAUCCGGCAAAUCCACGCCGCUGGUCUUAUCGCUAUUCUUGAUGUGGAGCCACAAGCACUUAAAUUGCUAAGGACGGCUGAAUUUGCGCCAUGGGUGGUCUUUAUUGCUUCACCGGACCUGAACACCUUAAUGAGAGAUAUUAACUGCCCCAAUGACGGAAGUCUGGAAAGGUUAGCUCGUGAAAGUCAACUUUUGGAACAGCAUUUCAAACAUUUGUUUGAUCUGAAGAUCGUCAAUAAUGACAUGGAAGACACUAUUAAACAACUCAAUGUUGGCAUUGAAGAACUGCAGUCCCGCCCGCAAUGGAUACCUGUGACGUGGGUUUACUAG